AUGCAUCAAGAACGCGGCCGGCUAUACGCCCUAAUCACGUUGGGCGGAGAACCGGCGGAAGCCGUCAUCGACACCGGCGCUUCGAAAAGUUUCAUAUCAUCACCAGGGAAACGACCAAGGGUUUCGCCAAAGACAAGGCGCGGCGGACCCGCGGAACUCAGCGCCGAACCACCAAUAAUUAUGCAUCAAGAACGCGGCCGGCUAUACGCCCUAAUCACGUUGGGCGGAGAACCGGCGGAAGCCGUCAUCGACACCGGCGCUUCGAAAAGUUUCAUAUCACGAGUUGCAGAACAUAUGGACGCAACCAGGAACAGUAAGAAGGUGACCGUAGCUAUCGAGAUACAAAUGGCCGAUGGCACCACCAGCAAGAUCUUCGACGCCGUGGAGACCACCAUUCAACUCGGACAGACAUCGCUAAAGGCAGUGUUACACGUGAUGCCCGGAGCGAUUGAUGACGUCAUACUUGGAUUGGAUACACUGGGGAACAUGGGAGCUAUAGUAUCCUGCGGAGGUCACCAGGUAGUGCUGAAAGCGUCAGAUGCGCAGCAAUCAACGGCAGCCCGCACCAUGUCAUCCAAAGCCGUAAGCAACGUAACCCUUACUACGCCAGACACACGCCUGCUAAAGCGCAGGAUGAAGAAGAAAAACAGACGAAAACUUAAGUGCAGGAGGGUCAAUCGACUCGGGACUUCAUCGGCCGUCAACCAGAGAAACGAAGCGGCCCGUAUACGUGAUUUUUUAGACGAAGAACUUCGAAAAUUUGAAAGCAUGAGUGGAGUGACGACCGUGGCGGAACAUAAAAUCACUAUGACCGACAGCCGACCAAUCAAGCAACGAUAUUUUCCGCGGAAUCCAGCGAUGCAGGCCAUCAUCAACGCCGAGAUCGACGAGCUGCUGGCAAAGAAAUGUAUUGAGCCGUCUCACAGCCCACACAGCGCGCCGAUUGUGUUGGCACGGAAGAAGAACGGUAAGUGGCGUUAAUGCGUGGAUUAUCGGCAACUCAACGCCCGAUCUGUACCCGACGCAUACCCCUUACCUAGGAUACAACAUAUACUUGACAAGUUACGAAGAGCAAGGUACAUUAGUAGUCUGGAUCUCAAGAACGGCUACUGGCAGAUACCUUUGGAGCAAGGCAGCCGCCCGUAUACCGCCUUUACCGUACCUGGGCGUGGCCUAUUUCAACGGCGCGUGAUGCCAUUCGGCUUACAUUCGGCACCAGCGACGUUCCAGAGAGUACUCGACCAGGGCAUAGGCCCGGAGAUGGAACCACACGCCUUCGCCUACCUGGACGAUAUAAUCGUCAUAGGCUCUACAUUCGAGGAACACAUACGGAAUUUGCGAAAGGUACUGCAGAGACUACAGCAGAACAACCUUCGAAUUAACCCUGAAAAGUGCGAGUUUUUUAAGAAGGAACUCCGAUACUUAGGUCAUGUGAUUAGUGACAAAGGCAUCCACACCGACCCCGAGAAAGUUGCAGCAAUCCAGGAGCUGAAGCCCCCAACUAACGUGAAAGAAGUCCGUCAGUAUCUUGGGAUAGCCUCUUGGUAUCGCCGCUUUGUGCCAGAUUUCGCGACCAUGAGCCAGCCGCUCAGAGCUCUCUUGAAGAAAGGGAAACACUGGAAAUGGGGACCUGAGCAACAAUCAGCAUUUGAAAGCAUCAAGCAAAAGUUAACGGAGGCUCCCGUCCUGGCAUGUCCGGAUUUUAGCCAGGCAUUCACUUUGCAGACGGACGCCAGCAACAUCGGCCUUGGAGCCGUACUGACGCAGAAUCUGGAAGGAGGAGAACGCGUAAUAGCCUACGCCAGCCGAAAAUUAAAUGAGGCAGAGAAAAACUAUUCAGCUACCGAAAAGGAGUGCCUCGCCAUAGUCUGGGGAAUUCGGAAAAUGAGACCCUACCUAGAAGGAUAUCGAUUUAAGGUGAUAACCGAUCACAUGUCACUGAAGUGGCUGAAUUCCAUAGAGAGCCCUUCCGGUCGUAUAGCACGAUGGGCUUUAGAGUUACAGCAGCAUACUUUCGACAUCGAAUAUCGUAAAGGGAAACUCAACCAAGUAGCAGACGCACUGUCCCGACAGCCGCUAGAGACCAUAAGGCAAGCGACGACGAUGGCUCCACAAUGCAAAUGGUGGCGUAAGCGAGUAGAAGAAGUUCGCGCAAACCCAGAGAAGUACGCAGAUUACAUGGAGAAGGAUGGCCAACUUUAUCGCCACAUUCCGUGUAGAUCUCAGGAUGAAGAGGCUGUACCCUGGAAGCUAUGUGUGCCUAAGCCCCUCCGCAUAAGAGUGCUGCGGAACCACGAUAUUCUUAGCGCCGGACACAUGGGCAUACGCCGGACAGUAGCCCGAGUCGCCAACCGAUACUACUGGCCAGGAAUGUUCCGCGACAUUAGUCGGUACGUACGCCAGUGUGAGUCCUGCCAGAAAUACAAGGAAGGACAGCAGAGACCAGCAGGGAAGAUGCUCUCACAGGUGGCACAGGAACCGUUUGCCACAGUUUGCACCGACUUCAUCGAACCCUUACCGCGAUCAACCCAUGGCAACACAACGCUACCGGUGUUUUUCGACCGCUUCAGCAAAUGGGUUGAAUUGGUCCCCAUGAGGCGCGCUACAGCUGAAGGACUUCGUCGCGCAUUUAGAGAGAGAAUCCUCGCGAGAUUUGGUGUUCCGAAGAUCCUUAUUUCGGACAAUGGUGUUCAAUUCACGAGUACAUUAUGGCAACACUAUCUAAAGGAAUUAGGGGUACGCCAGCAAUUCACGGCGCCGUAUACACCUCAAGAAAAUCCCACGGAAAGAGUAAACAGCACGAUCAAGCGAAUUAUUGCACAACUCAGCAAAUCACGACACCAGCAAUGGGACGAUUUUCUCGCAGAGAUUGAGCUGGCAGUAAAUUCCAGCUUCUCGGCCUCCACAGGGUAUAGCCCGGCAUUUCUCGCACAAGGACGAGAACCGCGACUGCCAAAGGCUCUUUUCUACGAAGUUAAUAUCGGCACAGGUAUGAUACCUCCGACGGCUGAAGAAAAGUACGACAGGAUGCAGGAAGCCUUUAGAAUCGUUCGACAAAACAUGGAGAGAGCAUCCAUGGACCAAGCCCGCCACUAUAAUUUGAGGCGUAGAAAAUGGACCCCCGCGAUCGGAGAGCUAUUUCUGGCGAAGGAACAUCAUCUCUCUAAAGCCGCAGACGGUUUCGCCGCAAAGUUAGACCGUAACGCCAGGGCAGUUUCCGCAAAGGCUCGUAAGGCGCAAACUGCCAUGAGGCGCUCUAUUGCAGCGCACGUAAGCACGACGCGCCGAGCUUCUUGGGCUGCAGGGUCGCAGAGAACCAACCUGGCCGCGGUGCCAUGCACCGUCGGCAGGAUCAGUAGCAGCGAAACGUCUACCUCUGACGAUUCCACCGUCCCAUGGAGAUCGCCGGUGAUCGAACUUUCGUCCGAAAAUGAAGAUACGCUACCGGAGAACAAGAAGGCGGAACUUACCUUCCCAGCGGGGCCAAAUGGAGUCUGCCUAUACCAAGCAGACUUACAAUCUCUGGAGGACGGAUAAUGGCUCACAGACAUUUGGACAGGGGGUAGUACUACCGCCACACAACACCGAGCACCACUGGUACCUCCUCGCCCUAUCCAACCGCGAGCUCACGCACCACGUCACGGACACAG